CUUGUCACACAGUAAAGUUUCCCUGGAUCCUCCACUCUGCUGUUACCCGGAGGUCGAGCACGCUAUUAAAAAGAAUAAAAAUGACAAGGUAAAGCAUUCCUACGAGUCUUUUUUUUUCCAUGGACUUGACCGUUUGAUAUCCGAAGAAGCCCAGGGGGAUUCAAAGCAGGCCGAAGUCAAGCAUAUCAGCUCAAAUCCCUGGCCGCCGUUCCCGAGACGUCCACGGCUCCCCGCUGUCCCCGCUGUCCCAUCAAGGUGCCUUUCAACAUGGCGACACCAAAAGCACACGCUGCACAGUGAGCCAGAGGAGAGUCACGGACGUUACACGUCAUCAUCAUCAUCAUCAUCAUCAUCCUCAUCUUAAAGCAUCCCGGCGCAGCGCCAGCGUGGUGCCGCCAUGCAUCUGGAGGUGAAGGUUGCCCUCAACUUCAUCGUGUCCUACUUGUACAAUAAGCUACCUCGCCGUCGAGCUGACCUUUUCGGAGAGGAACUGGAGAGGAUUCUGGUGUCUCGCUUUGAGGGUCACUGGUACCCGGAGGACCCUCUUCGAGGUUCUGCGUUUCGCUGCCUUCACUUGGGAGCCCCCAGGGACCCGGUUGUGGAGCUGGCCGCCAAGAGAAGCGGACUGGACACGGAUGAAGUGCGGGCCAACGUCCCCGCGGAACUGAGUGUGUGGAUCGACCCCUACGAGGUGUCCUAUCAGAUCGGAGAAAAGGGGGCGGUGAAGGUGCUGUACCUGGAGGGCCCGUCGGGCCUCGGAUGCGAUGGCGAGAUUCCCGACGGGGUAACGCGGGAAGCUAAAGGAGACACGGAGUUGGACGAAGCCAAGAAUCUGGGCUUCAAUCCAGACGCUCAGGUCUUCAUCCCGAUCGGAAGCCAGUCUUCUCCUUCCCUCAUGCCGCCCCUCUCCGGUUCGCCCACCCCGACGUCCGCCCAGCCCUGCCCCGGGCUCUUCGGCUAUCCCACCUCCAGCUCGCCCGCCGCCCCCGCCGCGCACUCCUCCAACACGUCCACGCCUUCCCCUCCCACCAGCGGGCUCCCCUAUGUCGCCGCUCAGCAGCCCGCCCCCUCCCUCCCGGCGGCCCGGCCCCAACCCAUCACUUUCACGACAGCCGCUUUCGCCGCCACCAAAUUCGGUUCCACCAAGAUGAAGAAAAGCAGCGUGACCGGCUCCUCGGCGACGUCCAACGGCGGGGUCGGGGUCCCUGCACAGAGGAUUCUCUCCCACUCCCCCACCGCCAUCUUGGCUCCGGAGCUGCUUAAGCACAAGCCGCUGUCUCUCUCCAUGCACUCGCUCGGGGGCCCCCUCCCCAGCCAGCUGUCCCCCAACGCCAAAGAGUUCAUCUACCCAGGAUCCCCGGGUUCCCUCUACUUUGACGCCGACCCCCAGCCCGUGCAAGCUCACGCCACCCCGUUCCAGCCCACCCACCCGUCGUUUGACCCUUUCUCUAGCCCUCCUCCGCCCCAGAGUGUGGGCAUCGUGGGCGCCAACGGCGAGAUCUCCUACAUGGAGAAGCCCCCGUUUGUCGAAGGCCUGGGGGGCUACAGCCUGCAAUAUCCCAGCCAGUCCUUCCAGCCGGUUGUGUUGGCUAACUGAGCGUAUGCUACCUUUGUCAACAAACUAAUAGCACUGCUAACGCAAGCUAACACUUUUUCUAGGAGUUUAGUCUCAUUAGCUCAUGAUAGCUUUGGUUUUUGUCCGCAUUCGCUGGGCCAACUUCCUCUUUUAUCAUCGCCAAGCUCAUCGUUAUUCAUCCGACGACAAGUCAUGAUGGACGCUGGCUGUGGCCGAGAUGCAGUUUGCACGGCACUGUGGGGGGCUGGGGGGUGGGGGGGCCAAGUGCUGCACUUUGCAAUCUGUUCCAACCGGGGGUGGGUGUGCGUUCGUGCGUGUGUAUUGUUGUGAUGCUGGGAUUUUGUCGUUGGCUCAAGCUGGAAAAGUGACAUCACCAGCAGCGGAUAUGGAAAAGCGGCUGCAGCGCGCCCACGAUGCGUUCGGACACACAAAGUGGGGAAUGCGAUUCAUCCGUGGAAACCUGAAGCUUUGCAUUUUAAGUAGACGGCGCUCACGUGCGGACGCCUGCAGUCAUAUGCACGAGGGGGGGUUGACAAACACAUUUCCCAUCGCGUGUGUGUGAAGGUGAACAGGCACAGGAAGGGGAUGGGGGGGGGUGUGACUUUGAGGACGUCUUGAGUGCUCCUCGGCGAGGAAGGCGGCAAAGGGGGCUGGCAUCUGCUGUUAUUGACUUUGAGACGGGGCGUUCUUAAACCCCCCCCCCCACACCCCACACACACACACGUUGGCGGCGAGCUUAAAUGCCACCGAAGCGGACGUAGAUGAAUGUCGGUUAUCGGCGGCAGGCUUCUGUUGCCGUCUUUUUCAGGUGUAACGUCUCCAUGAUCGGCCCCUCCUUUAUAAGGGCACGCCCAAAUGUCCAGUUAGCACUUUAUCGGAAUUUAAGGUGCAAGCGUACUGUUAUCAAACGUGUUGAUGGCGUGGAAAAUGAUUGACUCUUAUAUGUCCAUUGAAUGUUUUCUACGUAUGUAUUCAUCGGUUUUUCUACCUGGAGACACUUAUGCUUACACUACCCCCCCCCACCCUAACCCCCCCAACCUCUUUGUAAAAUGUUAGCCUAGCGAGGAAUUCUUCUUCUUCUGUGAUAAAAUCUAUUUUUUUGGUUUUUGCCAGCCAUGUUGAAAAAAAAACAAAUGUAAUGUAAAUAGAAAGUUCUUACGUUGAGAUUCUUGAUUUAGUUUCUUACACGGCGAAGUUAUUUUUUCAGAUAUGAACAUGAAUAUAUGCAAACCGAGACAAAAAGCUUAAAGAUGUGCAGUCGCGUAUUGAAUGUGUAUCGUACCUUGUACCGUACAACGUGAAGUCCGAUGAGACGGGUAGAUGUUGAAUGUUUACAAACGGUGGAUAUCCUGUCGCUUGGUCAAUCGGAAAACACUAGAACCCCCCCACCACCCCCCGACCCCUCUCGUUAAUUUCACCGACAGUCAAUGGAGUGAUGGAUUUAAGAAGUUGACAUAUUACGUCUUUAUGAUGGAGCCAUAAAACGUUCUUACGGGGUUUUCUACCUCCCAUGUCCCCGAUUCAGACCCCUGAUGGCGGCUUUGGAAGGUCGUACCGUUGGUCGCCUGAGUAACGGCGAAACGGCUGAUUUCAAAAAGCGUACGUGAAGGCCGUCCUCCAAUCGGGGGUUGAAGAGAAACUCCCAAUUUUUGUAUUCCGAUGUCCUUUUUUGCUUAUCAUGUUUUAUUUUGCACUUUGGAAUAUUUCAUUGUUAUAAAAGAAGUUUAUUUUCUAAGCGGAAUGGAACAUUUCAGAGAUACACAAAUAUACUUCUUUCCUUUUCUGCCUGUAUUUUUUAUUGUUUCCUAUUUUCUAUCUGAUCCGUACACCCUGUAGAUGUAACGAGUUUCACGGAACGGGGCGUUACAGCAGUUUCUUAUUGUACCCGAUUUCUUUUUUAAGUUUAUAAUAAAAAGACCAGUAAAGCAUGGAAAACGAGAUGAUUGUCUCGGUGUGGUUAUUGCAGAGCGAGGCAUGGCGCCGACCUCCACGUUUUAAAAAGGAGAUCCCGUAUCUGAAACGCUACGGUGAUGCACCCCAAUAUGGCGGUAAACAAACUCCGGUGAUGUUUGAUCAAUUAUUCAGAGAUCAAAUUCCCGGCUGGUGAGGCGCCAGAUUGCUGAACGCCCACCUCAGAUGAUGUUACCUCACGUUUCAUCAUGCGGCACCCGGCCCGAUCUGGUGUGGGAGCGCUUGGGCCUGCCUGCUAGCCCGGACAUUGUAACGUGGAGCGACAUUAACAUGCAUGGCCGCCCUCCUCUUCCUCCAUCCCCAGUCUCUUUGCCCCGCCUUAGCACUUCCUGCCCAUCCACCCCCAAGCACCUCCUUCUCAGGAGCCUCCGUGCUUUGUCCUUGUCGUCCCUUCGGAUUCCCAGAACCCCUCCCUUGCAUCCUCACUUUCGUUUCUGGAUUC